GACGUUCCUGGGAGAUUGUAUACGUGGGUAGAGUAACCAAACAAAUCGUUCGGUCUUCGACCGAGGGCUUUCGAGGUUUCAGAAGAUACGGCUAUUCGAGAGGUUAGGUUAUACGAAAAACAUGGAUUUUUUGGCUCUUCGAGAGCUCCGCAACGCACUUUGCAUUGUUUUUUGGCAAAAUGCCGGAAGUCGGUGAUUUCUUGAGGGCGUUCCUCCGUGACGAAGGCGUUCAGAGAUGUCAUUAUUUCGGGCGUGACGGAUUACCUGACGUUCUUUAUGUUUUUCUCCGAUUGAAAUUCAACAAAAGGUUCAAGGUGGCCCCUGCCCGUCCGGAUGCAUCGAAGUUGCAGGAACUGAUAAACACCCAGAAAAAGUAUUUGAGCGACAUGGAUAGGGCGAUGAUAGAUGUUCAUGACAGUUUCACGAGCGCCUUUUUAAAGAGUGGAAAAGAGAAUAAAAAAAAUGAUCUAAUCCGGACUAGGGGCCCAUUUUUCGAAGACCUUAAAAAGGUCUACAACAAAUUGAGUGCGUUCGAUCUUUCGGGGUACGACUUAGAGUCGGAGGAAUUCGACGACUUGAUCAACGAGUGCGACACGAAGAUCGGCGAGCUCAAGGAUUUAAACUUAUUGAUCAAAAAUUAAAAAACUCGGAAUUAGGACACCUCGAGCGAAUAAAACCAAUAGAUUUCGAUGGAAGCACGCACCGAUCUUGAUCCUGAGAUACCGCGAGCAGCCAUUCCGGAGACCAAGGAACCAAUGAAAAUACCAGACACUGAGAUUCUUCGAGCUAGCAUCGUCACUUGAGAUUAUUACAAUCGACGAAGACUUCACCAGUCGCCGUCACUAAAUUAAUAAACAAUGUCUAACAGUCAGUAAGAUGUCGUUCGCGACAAAGUUUUUUUUACGUUGUAACACAUUUUAUCGUUAAAUAAACAAACUGAUU